UCCACGCUUUCGUAAAACAGAAAUCAUUGAUUCAAUUGAAAAGGAGUUUGAACACAUUAAGACAUUGAAGCAGCUGUUUAAGGCAUUAGAAAAAUAUGUCUCGUGGUUUAAUUUUGAACUUGUCGUCAAGUUAGUCAAUACUUUCAUUACUGAUGAGAGAGAUUUACAGAGGAAGUGGUCUACAUAUCGUGAGAAAUUAAAAGAUUAUUUUAAAAAUAACAAUACUAAAGCAGUUCAAAUUGCAGACUCAAUUGAGUUUGGUCUUUCUGAUGUUCCAGGCACUAAAGUAAUGAUUGCUAAGGUUGCCAGAGACGACUACACAUUAAAUGAUUUAUAUUUCUUUCACAAGCUAAUCGCUGAUGCACUUGAAGUUCCAGAUUAUGAUUUUUAUUUUUGUACAAUUGACAAUGGCUGCAUGGAAUUAAAAUAUUCCAUUCCUGAUUUUCUUUAUUCUGUUCUCUUUCUAUUAAACAAUCAACAGUGUGAUUCAUUGGCUGAGAUUGGAAUCAUAAAAAUUACUUGUCAUGGUUAUGUACAUGACAUGAAGCAGUUGCCAGAAAAUGAAUUAAAGAACCUUCAUGAUUCUCCUAUUGCAUGUUGGAGAGGAUUAAAAGAAGAAGUACAACGAUUGAUUGACAAGACUGGCCUUCAGGAAAGAGGUAAAAAUGGAUGGAGUCCACCAUUAGCUGCUUCAUAUGGUGGCCACAUUGAUGUCCUCUGUCUCCUCAUUGAUGUUUAUCAUUGCGAUCCUUCACAAGGUGAUGAUGAUGGUGUUAUUACUUUACACAUGGCCUCAUAUAAAGGCCAUCUCAAUAUUGCACAGUAUCUAGUUAGUGAAUGUCACGUUGAUCCAGACAUAGCAGAUAACUCUGGUAAUACAGGAUUGCUUUACUCAGCACUGGGUGGUCACGUUGACCUCGUGAUUUUGUUUUUAAAGAAGAAGUGUAACUUGUCUCAGGUGAAUAGAGAAGGAUCAACUUUAUCAUUAUUAGCAUGUAAGAGUGGAGAGGUAGCAUUAGUUGAUCAGUUUAAGCAGUUUGAUAUUUUCUCAGAAGAUGACCUUGAUUUUACUGGAUGUGGAAUAGUACAUUAUUGUGCUAUGAGUGAUAGUGUAGAGCUUCUAGAGUAUCUUUAUAAUAAUCAUAAAAGUGAAUUAUUUCAAAGAAGAGAUCGUUUUG